UAUUAAGCCAUCUAAAAUGUGCCGGAUCCGGGCUACAAAGGCCCCAGACCGCUGAACGCCUUAAGACACCCACUCGAGUAGUUACUACCUGCAAAAUUCCCAAAUUUUGCGGCAGAGCUGAAAAGCAAACGCCUGUUUCUGUAUUCUAUUCCUUCCCCUUUCUCAAUUUUACUUGCAAUCAUAAUCAUCAAUGGCGGACGAAGAAGAAGUAAGACAGGAAGUAGAAUUGGUUGAAGCCGUUUAUGGCGAUGAUUGUAUUAUCCUCAAUACCUUUCCUCCUCACCUUCAUCUUCAUCUUAAACCUCUUACGGCCGAAGUUCAUUCUCAACAGUUUGUCGAGGCAACCAUUGAGUUACGGGCUGAUCUACAGUAUCCGAGUGAUCCACCUUAUGUUGAUAUUAUAGGUUCUAAAGGGCUUGAUGAGAAUAGGAAAAAUCAUCUGAAAACUAGUUUACUCGACAAGGCACGUGAAAUGACAUCUUUUUUGAUGCUUGUGACACUUUGUGAGAAAGCGGUCGAAGUUCUUACUAGCAUGAACCACCCAGAAGGUGACUGUCCAUUGUGUUUGUAUCCUUUGGUACCAGAAGAUAAAGACUCUGAAGCCCAGCCGUUCAUGAAGUUGAUGUCUUGCUUUCAUUGCUUCCACUGUGACUGCAUUGUAAGAUGGUUGAAAUGGCUACAGAAACAAAAUGAAUCUUACGGUGGAAUGUCAAGUAUUCUUUCAUCUAGCGUUGAAGAAAAUGAUUCGGCCUCAGAUUUUUCAAGAAUUAUGGGAGAUAGUACAGGAAACUGCCCUGUCUGUCGAAAAGUGUUCCUUGCCAAGGAUAUCGAACAUGUGCUGAGCUUGGUUGUUUCGUAUGAUGCAGAUUCGGAUGUUUGUGUGAAGGAGCUUAUGGAGCAAGUCCUUCAAUAUGAUCAGGAGAUCAGUAGAAGGCAGAAAUUCGAAACGAUCUUAGAGCUGCAACAACAGCAUGGUGGCUUGAUCGAACCCCCAAAAGACAAUGUAUUAUUCUCGCGCCUCUCUCUCCAGGACUUGGUAACGGAAGAUGCUGAGGUCGUGAAUGAGCAACAACAGAAUACCAAUCAAGUAGUAGUCAGAGAAAGAUCUGAGGCAAGUUCUUCAUAUCGAACCCGUCAAACACGGAAGCAUCAUCACAGGGGUCACACUGUAAUGACAGGACCUUCAUCUAGUGCGCCCCCAGUUAGGUCGACUGUUGGGCAGCACAGAUACUAUCGCACGAAAAAACAUGGUAGGAAUUAUUCUAGAACACAAGCCACGCCAACUCCGCAAAAGGAAUGACAGACUUGUGGGUUUGGUUGAAAUCAGGUAGCUUUUGUAUACAUACAUUCAGAUGGUUUUCAGUAAUGCAUGUAAUAUGUAAUUAGUACUGUGUACAAACCCCCUUCUAUUUAUAGUAAUAGAUUACAUCAUUUCAUUA